AUGGAAUACCACGAGCCGUGGUUGGCCGACUUCAUUGUCUCUGGCCUAACAGAAUACAUACGGAAGCUGCGCACUGGCCAGCCUCUGGUUCAAUACAGAUCAAAGAGUAACGGCGGCGAGACCAUUCAAUUAUGGCGAGGAGCACACUUUGAAGGGACGGUCCGAGUGGUUCAGAUCAUUCAGGAACACCCUCUCAAAGGAGUGUUGUCCGAUGGCAGACACCAUAUCGAGACGGUUUUCGGAAAGUCUGUCGAAGCUCAGCUGAAAGCAUCAGGAGUGCAGAUAUCGGAGCUCACUAGUCCCUUUUUCGCUCUACGAGUCACCAAACCUACCAUUAUCGUCGACGGCGCGUACGGAAAACCGAAACUACGAUUGCUCACCGUCGACUGCCAGGAAGAAAGGACUGUGAAGGUCCAAGGGACGAUGCCUUUGGCUGAGGGCUCGUUGGCAGGUGAAGACAGAGUGAUCAAAGAGAAGGUGCUGGAGCUUUUGCAACUGAAUCCUGGGGAGCGGCGGGUAGCAUCCAUGCCAUCUGACAGCCCACAAUCGGUCAAAUCGCAAGUUGCUUAUGAUAACGAUAAUCCUUCGGACUCCGAGGACGAUGUUUAUCAGGAGCGAUUUCAGACGCAGAUCCCCCAAUCUUCUAGCUACCAUCCCGCACCGAAACCGGCUCUGGCGAAUGCUAGAAUUGCAGCUACUGAGACAUAUGACAACAGCGAGCUACUUGCACAAUUGCAGCGGCGCGGCCAAUGGAAGAAACCGUCUGAGACUGCGGCAAUCAGGAAGUCACCUUCGAAACCAGCACAGAGUAGCCACGAAAAUUCCGAGCCUUACUCGCAGGCAGCGAACAUUGAUAUUGCGCCCACUGUGCCUGGCUCCUUCAGUCCCUCCAUGAAUGAGCAAAAUGCUGCCGAAGUCUCCUCAGCCCAGCCACUCAGGCAUGAUGAACAGAUGGACGAACGCGAAAGCGGAGCCAACGGCCCGUCAGCCGUAAAUGAUGGAGAUGAGUCAACAGAGGCGAUACCCACGUCAAAGCCUGGUGUGUUGCAACCUAGCCUGUCAGCAAUCGCGCCUGAGCUUCCUACUGGCCUAGUCUGCCACUUCGCACGAUGGCGGCGGGAAGCACGGUCAGGAAAGUAUGUGCCGCGGUACGUCCAAAAGAUCCCCGAGGACCAGAAAACGCUCCUGGAGUCAGACGAUAGCUGGCAGCCACCGCUUGUGGGACAUGCUUCAAGACCAGGUCAGGUUCCAUUGCCUUUACUAGAGCGAUUGUGUCAAGCAGCCGACCAGAAGGCUCUGAGCCUGGAGGAGGCACAAGACGUCCCAGAACGACGGACUACUGAGCAUGAGGCACAGCCGGUUGCCUCAUGGAAAGAGUUAAGCCCUUCGCCUGGUAAUGCUGAAAGCGAUUCAGAGAUCUCGCAGGCGUCAUGGUCAGCAAGCCCCCCAACUCAGGAAAGGCGUGUUCGAAAGUUACCAGCAGACAGUCCGCCAUUGGCUCCAAGACAGGCAAAAAGACCUCUAUCCUCGCAAGAAAACGCUUUCGACCGGCGAGAAGAUACCACGCAGCAGCAGUCCGCUUUAUCCAAUUCUCUUGACACCUCUCCCCUCGAUACUGCUGCACAAAAGGACUCGCAUGAAGGUCGUUGUCGCGAGCUCGUCAGUCCAGUCGAAGGAACUCAUGAGACUUCAAUCACGCAAAGUAGCAAGGAAGCACCGAAACUAUCUGCUGACACACUGAAGUCCUCCGGUGAGUUGACAUUCAAUGAGGAGAAGGGCGCAAAGCCUAGCCAGCCGAGCUCACAAACACUCGAAGAGCACAUGAAUGCAGUCGCGAACCGCGUCCAGGUUGAAAGGACUCCUCACGUUCCCAAAGGCAACUGGUAUCAUGCAAGCUCUGAUCUUAUGGGAAUCAUUGAUGAUGCUGAUUUACCACUAAGUUGCAUACCUGCGACUCACUACGAAAACACCAACAUGCAUAUUGAUCAGUCACGCGCAGCAAAAACGUUGCACCCAUCGUUGAGCAGGGAGAAGGAGCAGAAGAGAACACGAAUCACGGAUCGGAUGCCUGCGAAUGGCGCUGAAGCUGCAAACCAACCAUUGGAUACACAGACCGCCCAACUACACGGCGCCCGUCCCGCUGUAGCGUCUACGGCACCCGUAGGGACAGAUACAGUCGGCAUUGGAGGCCCGGAAGAAGAAUCCCACGAAGCUACACAGGCGGUCAGUGAGACACGAUUACCGGCACGCUCGCAUGGAUCACAGAACGCCCUCCUUGUCCCAAUCCAAUAUGGGUUUGUGCCGGACGAUUACGCCGCACCCGAGGGACAGUCCCCAGGAGAGGCGUCACCACCAAGAUCAUAUCAUCCACAACCUGCCCUCCCUCUAUCGUCCAAACCUGAUCUUGGAGCAGUCGAAGAAGCUGCGACAGAUCGACAGGCACGAGCUGAGACGGGCCCUGUGGUUGAAGAAAUCGUGGCAUCUUUUGAGUUUGGAGAUGCACGUGGGCGCAGUCCCAUCCUUGCUGGAAAACGCAGACAUCCCGAAGAUGCAUUCGGCCCAAGAAAGCGACCGAGAAGAGCCCAGCCCCUAGUGUCGGAAAGGAGUUUUGACCCAGCCUAUGCAUCUGUGUACAAAAGCAUCGAGGAAAGGCGGAGGGCGCAACUUUCACGAAUAGCAAAACCAAAGUCUUUGAGCGGACAGUCUGCCUCAUCCUCAGUCAAAGGCUUUGACAAUGCAGGUGACGCGUUACGAGAGUCGUCGUCUCCGCCCAUGCACCUUCGAACUCCCGUCACUGCAGAUAUCUCCCCACGGGAAUCGACGCCGAUCACGCGAGUCACCGUCUACGCCGGCAUCGACGGCCACAAUAGCAAAGUGCGUCCAAGCGAUUCAAUAUCUCAAACAUUGGCGCCACUUCACAUUGACCUGCCACCUGUUUUUGCACAAUUUAAAGCUGCUUACGCGGAUUACAAUGGAGAUCUGGACGAUUUCGGAAAGUCGUAUCGAUUGUUGGGCAACCUCCUGAGACGGGGUCAAGCACCUCACCAAUUUCUCUUUGACGACGCUAUAUGCCAUCACUUUAAUUCAUAUCGACGAUACCUUGCCGAGGAAGGAGCGAAUGAUCCGGACCGGCCUAUGGCAUUCCACGAAUACUAUGCCCGACGAGUUCCAACCCCGACUCAUCUGAAAAGCAUUGUGACUCUCAAGAUGUUUCAAGGGAUCUCAAGUCGCCCUCACUCAGUGGCCUCAAGGCGAAGCAGUGGACGCGCAGGCAAUAAUUCUAUCGCGGAUAUCCCGUCGCUUUUGAGCAGGCAAGAGAUGUCCGUCGAGGAAAGGUCUGUUGCGAACCACGAGGCGAACCACGAGAAGGCAGACGACGAGAAGAACCUGUCUCAGUCGGAUCAAGCAGUUGAACAAUGGCGUCGUGAAGUCUCUUGCCCCGCAUCGCCGGAGCUAGGGACGCGUGAUGUUGACCGCAGUCGCUCUGACAUCUCGAUGAUCGACUGCGAGGUGCCCGAUCAAAACAUGUCAAAGUUUGCCCCUGGGCCGUCAGACCCCGAGCCAUCGAAGAAGAGGAGAAAUGUUUCUGUCCAGGCCUCAUCGGCAGCCAUGACCCCGCCAAUGGCCAAGCCCUCCAAGGCGCCCCAGUUCAAGAAGCCUUCAAGAACGUCAACGGGCGGAAGACAUGUGCUCAGUAGCUCGUCCGCUCGGAGCGCAGUAGCUCAAUCUCCCGCGGUGAAGAAGUUUACGAAAUGGUGGGUGGAUCCUGAUACUCCGUUCAAUCGAUAUGCAAAUCACUAUGCAUCUCUGCCUCAGGAAAAGCUGACUCGCAACAAGGUGCAACAAACUGAAGGGGCUAUAAUUCCGGGAGGGAUUGACAUAUCUUCUUGGAGGACAUAG